AUGAACUGGGGGUCGUUUGAGGGGCUCCUCCGUGCCGUCAAUGUGUACUCCACAGCCUUCGGCCGCAUCUGGCUGUCCCUCGUCUUCAUCUUCCGCCUGCUGGUCUACGUGGUGGCGGCCGAGAAGGUCUGGAGCGAUGACCACAAGGACUUUGAUUGCAACACGCUGCAGCCGGGCUGCACCAACGUCUGCUUCGACCACUUCUUCCCCGUCUCCCACAUCCGCCUCUGGGCCCUGCAGCUCAUCCUGGUGACGUGUCCGUCCCUCCUGGUCCUCAUGCAUGUGGCCUACAGGGAGGCCAAGGAGGAGAGGCUCCGUGAGAUCAAAGGGGACAACUACCGCCGCAUCUACCCCAACCCCGGCAAGAAGCGGGGCGGGCUCUGGUGGACGUACCUGCUCAGCCUCAUCUUCAAGGCCAGCGUGGACGUGGUCUUCCUCUACAUCUUCUUCCGCUUCUACAGGAAUUACACCCUGCCCCGGGUGGUGAAGUGCGAGCUGCCGCCCUGCCCCAACGUGGUGGACUGCUUCAUCUCCCGGCCCACCGAGAAAAACAUCUUCACGCUCUUCAUGGUGGUCACCACCUGCAUCUGCGUGGUGCUGAACAUCAUCGAGGCCACCUACCUGAUCGGGAAGAGGUGCCACGAGUGCCUGGAGGCCGGAGGAGGGGACAGCCGGCGGCACAGCCACGACUGCCCCGUGUCCUGCGCUGACCCCGUGGGCACGGGCAGGCAGGUGUUCCACGGGGCUGACUACAAACCCCCCACGGCCACCAUCCCGCUCACAGCCUCCUGCCCCACCACGCUGUCCGAGGAUGAGGCUCAGUCCUAGA